ACAAGACAAGGCUCACCGCGCAGUAGACCAACAGCAGCCUAGCCGUAUUGUAUUCCCGCAUCUUUGGCUUGCUAUACUAGACCUGCGUCUGGCCAUGGCGACUGUUCAGCGCACUUACGGGUCUCGCAAGAAGGACAUCGAGAUGGAGGAUGCCGAACUGCCGGACAUGCAGAUUCGUGCUGAUCUGCACGAUGAAGACGACGAUGAGUUGACGCCGCCGACCUCUCAAGUGUCGCUCAUGUUGACGCCCAAGGCCAAAAUCGCAGCUAUGCUUGCAGAGCUGGACAAAUCGCCAUCCUCGCAGAGUGCGACGCAUGCCGCCGCGGGUGCGGAUGUGGAGAUGGAGGAAGGCAGUGACGAGGACAUCGAGCUCCCUGGCGCGCGUUUGCAUUCGUCGACGACGCAGCAGGCAGAGUCGCACCCAGCAUCACCAGCAAAUGAAGAUGAAAGCACAAGGAAUGCGCAAUUCAAAAGCAUUGCUGACAUUAUGGCCGACAGCAAUGAUGAGCUAGAAGACGAUCUCGAUGAAGAUGCUGCAUAUCUCAGAGCACGCCAACGUCUCAUGAAGCCAGCCCCUAAAGAGAUCAAGUCCGCCGACAACGACGCCGAAUCUGACUCUGAUGUGGACUUGGCGAUUGCUGCCCCAAAGAAGCUGUCCAGUCGUGAGAAGCUUGUUGCUCUUGCACGACAACGUCGUCUUGCAGGAAAAGUGGAUGACGCAUCGAGUGCAGAUGAUGUCGCUGAGGAACAAGUCAUUGCAACCAGUAUCAAGGACAAGGAGCAAACCUCUGGCUCUGGCUCAGAAAGUGAAGAGAUCGAAGCGGAAAUGCGGCUUUCCUCUGCUCGUCGGCCACGACGUGCUGCUGGCAAAAAGGCACUGGAGGAGAUGCACAAGAAGACUGCGAGAAUGGAGCGUGGUAUGGGUCUAGUGCCUGAAGCAAGAGUCAACAAGAAGCUCACGGUGAGUGACUUUUUCAGCAAGAUUGGAUAUGGCAAGAAGAAGGAGGAACCGAUUCAAGGCGUUCCAGAAGUGAUUCCAUCGCGGGAUGAUGAGGUUGUCGUUGCUGAAGACUCCACAUUUGGUACUCACACUGCUGAUAAAUCGCCCAGACCGCUUUCAAAGCCCUUACCUGUGUCGAUCGCAUUUGCUCCUGGUCUCGAGGACAGUGAUGAAGAAGACAUUGCGCUGCCAUCCAUUGCGGAUAUGAUGCUUGCUCGACAAAAGUCUCCAACGCCAGAGCCAGAAGCAGCAGAGGUCGUCACCGCCAAGCCCGUCACACCAGAGAAACCAUUACCUAACGCUCAAGCGCAUGUCGACAUUGUGCUCGAGGACAGCAGUGAAGAGGAAGCACCACUGCCAAGCAACCUCAAGUCUCACAAGCUCCUCUUUGCAAAGCGUGAUUUCGCCAAGAUUGAAAAAGACCGCAAAGCAGCCAAGUUCCAUGCGCUUGCACGACCUGAUUCCCCAACCAAGGUUGAAGCACGUCUGGAGAAACAACGGAAAGCGGCACUACUCGCUCGUGUUGCGCAGCAGGCAAAAGUCGAAAGAGCGGAACGUGAAGCGGCAAUGAAGGCCGCCGGGGUCCAUCUGACGAGUGCUGCGGACCGUGCCAAGGAGGCGAUUGAGGUGGAAGAUCUUGUCGAGCGUGCUAGACGGCAAGCUGACGAAUUGCGCAAGCUGGAGAAGAAGGAGGAUGCAAAGCGGAAGGCAGAGCAAGAUGGCGUGAACGACGAGGAAGAAGAGGAUGAAGACUACCAUGAAGGCUCGCCUAUGCAAAGCGAAGGAUCUGAUGCCGAUCAGAGUGGCAGCGACAAUGAAGGCGACGACACAGACUCUGGCUCAGAAACAGCGGAUGUACCUGAGAAAGUCCUUGUCGGGCAAGAGCCAACAGAUGAGCCUGAUCAUUCUACAUCCAUCUUGUCCGAAAGGCUGUUGACUGACGAGGACGAUGACAUGCCCGCGAAACAUCGUCAGCCGCCACGCACAAGAAGGCAUCAUCGAGUCCUCGACGAUGGCGACUCUGACGAUGACAAAGAAAAUUCUGUGCCCAAGGAUGCGCCUGCUAGUCCAAACAACUGGGGACUGACCCAAUUCUUUGAAGCGACGCAAGCACAAGAUGGUCCUGUUGCAGCCAAUGUAUCAGCCACCCAAUUUGCAAGGUCGCCGGUGCAAGGUAAUGCGCCUGGACUUGGACGCAGCUUUGCUGCCUUGCGUGAAGGAAUCUCAUUUGAUGAAGAAACAACUUCACGUCCGCCAGUCCUUGCCGAAGACCGGGCGGAUGUUAUACCUUCAUCAUUUGUUGCGCCUCUACCAGCUCUUGGCAUGGCGACGCAAUUUUCAGUCUUUGAUCCUUUGUCGGAUGAUGAAGAUAUAAUAUUGCCAGCUGGUCACAGAGCAGUACCUGAUUUUACACAAGCAACGCAGGUCGACAGUGCUUCUAUGCAAGAGGCCUCUCCUAGUGAUGACGCUGCUCCACGAAAGUUGCUGCGAAUGCGCAAGGCUGAUGCCGCGGAUAUGCCUACCCAGGUCUCGCCGCCAAAGAGAGUCAACCCAUUCCGACUCAUGAAGGCUGCUAUGGACGAGGAACAGAAUGCUAAAGCACGAAAGGCGUUUGUGGACGACCGUGCGGUUGAGUCGGAUGACGAGUAUGCCGGCAUGGGUGGUGCAUCAGAUGAUGAUGCUGAAGAGUCGGCGGCUAUGGCUAAGGAGCUUGACUUGAUGAUUGACCACGAUGCUGCAGAACUGGAUGGGGAGGGUCGAGCAGAGCUGGCUGCCAUGUAUGCUGCUAAAGACCUGGAACUUGACGAGCAACUGGUCACCAAUCUUAUGAAUGACAUCAAUAACGGAGGCUUGCGUAAGAAGCGUGGUGCUGGCCUUCUCGACAUGGAUGAUUCAGAGGAUGAGGAAGAAGAGACUGCUAGGCACAAGGCGCGUCAGCAGCUUCGCAGAGCGCAGAUGCUUGAAACGCAGAAUCUUGCAUCACUCGAGGCCAAUCCCAAAAUGCAGCCCUUCAUCGCAGCCAUGGAAGAUCGUGACAGUCAGCUCAAGUCUCUCAUUGAGAUUGACGGAGAAGACGAUUUCUUUCCCUCCAUGGUCGCCGAAUCGCAAGUCAAAGCUACACAAUCUUGGUCGAUGGAAGCGGAUGACAAUCAAGACACGCAAGCUGAUGUUGGUGAGCAAGAGGCGCAAGCAGACACAUUCGCUGCUCCUCUGGUUGUACCAGUAAAGCGGCCGAGUAAGACUGCCGUUGACGUUCGCCAGGCGCUUUCCUUCUUGAAGAACACUGAAGACAACUUGUCUGACGAAGACGAUCAUGACAUGGCCACAUCGCGAGCUACGGACCCAAGGUUCAAGCCGACACUGAAGCGAGAACGCUCGUCGCUGUCUAUUGACGAUCGCUCCAAGACACCUUCACUAUCGCACGGCGACUCAACCAGCUCGAAUGGGCCUAUCUGGCGAGAUCCUCGCACCUCUGGCUUAUCGUUGGCCAGAUCACAAGAGUCAAUGUACGCAAAGCUCAGCAAAUCACGCUCGACUGGUGGCAAAAGCGACAGAGCUGAUGCGGGCGUUGGCGCAGCUGUCACUGUUGUAUCCCAUGGUGUGCAGCAGAUUGCAAGCCGGAAGGCUUCAAGUAGUGUCAAUUACAUGCGAGUUAUGAAGGAACGCCAGCAACUGAUCGAUGCGCCGCAAGUACCAGUCAAGCCCAAAGUAAAGCCUGACGGCAAGCGCAAGAACGUGAUGGCGCUUUUCAAAUAGUACAUGUACAUUAAAUCUGCCUUUGUAUUUUGG